CCCUCCCCUCUUCCUUCCCGGCCCGGUAGCGGCAGCUCCGCUGCUGCCAUGGAGCCCGCCGGCCUGGAGCAGGUCCUGCGAGAGCUGCUGCUGCCUGACACCGAGCGCAUCCGCCGGGCCACCGAGCAACUCCAGAUCGCUCUGCGGGACCCCGCGACCUUGCCGGUGCUAUGCGACCUGCUGGCCUCCUCAGCCGACCCUCAGAUCCGCCAGUUCGCCGCUGUGCUGAUCCGUCGGCGGCUGAUGACCCGCUGGCGACGGCUGGCAACCGAGCAGCGGGAGAGCCUCAAGGCCCUGGUCCUGGCAGCCCUGCAGAAGGAGACCGUGCACUCCGUCAGCCUGGGCCUAGCCCAGCUCGUGGCCACCAUCUUCCGCAAGGAAGGCCUGGCAGGCUGGCCUCAGCUCCUGCAGCUGCUCCAGCAUAGCACUCACAGCCCACACCUCCCAGAGAGAGAGAUGGGGCUCCUGCUGCUGAGUGUGGUGCACACCUCACGACCCGAGGCCUUCCAGCCUCACCACCGGGAGCUGCUUCGGCUUUUGAACGAGAGCCUGAGCGAGCUGGGCUGCCCCGGCGUGCUCUUCUACUCCCUGCGCACACUGACCACCAUGGCGUCCUACCUCAGCACGGACGAUGUGCCUCUGGCCCGGAUGUUGGUGCCCAAGCUCCUCACGGCUGUGAAGACCCUGAUCCCCAUAGAUGAGGCCAAAGCCUGUGAAACUCUGGAAGCCCUGGAUGAGCUGCUGGAAUCGGAGGUGCCCGUCAUCACCCCUCACCUUGCUGAAGUCCUCACCUUCUGCCUGGAGGUGGCUGGAAACGUGGCUUUGGGGGAUGCAAUACGUGUGCGUAUUCUUUGCUGUCUCACUUUCUUGGUCAAAGUCAAGAGCAAGGCCUUGCUGAAGAAUCGCCUCCUGCCACCCUUGCUGCAAACCCUCUUCCCUAUCAUGGCUGCCGAGCCGCCCCUGGGCCAGUUGGAUCCUGAGGACCAGGAUGAAGAAGAGGAAGAGUUGGAGAUAGGGCUGACAGGGGAGACGCCCAAACACUUUGCUGUGCAGGUCGUGGACAUGCUGGCACUGCACCUGCCCCCCGAGAAGCUUUGUCCCCAGCUGAUGCCCAGGCUGGAAGAAGCCCUGCAGAGCGAGAACCCGUACCAGCGCAAGGCUGGCCUCCUCGUGCUGGCCGUGCUAUCCGAUGGAGCUGGUGACCACAUCAGGCAGAGAUUACUGCCCACCCUGCUGCCCAUCGUGUGCAGAGGCCUGCAGGACUCCUCACAAGUGGUGCGCAAUGCCGCGCUGUUCGCCCUGGGCCAGUUCUCAGAGAACCUGCAGCCACAUAUCAGCAGCUACUCCGGGGAGGUGAUGCCGUUGCUCCUGGCCUACUUGAAGUCGGUGCGUCCUGGGCACACACAGCACCUAGCCAAGGCCUGCUAUGCCCUGGAGAACUUUGUGGAAAACCUUGGGCCCAAAGUGCAGCCCUACCUCCCGGAGCUGAUGGAGUGCAUGCUGCAGCCCCUCGGGAGCCCCAGCAGCCCCCGUGCCAAGGAGCUGGCCGUGAGCGCUCUAGGAGCCAUUGCCACAGCCGCCCAGGCCUCCCUACUGCCCUAUUUUCCCACCAUCAUGGAACACCUGCGGGGGUUCCUGGUGACAGGCCACGAGGAUCUCCAGCCUGUGCAGACCCAGAGUCUCGAGACGCUGGGGGUGCUGGCGCGAGCAGUGGGGGAGCCCAUGAGGCCCUUGGCUGAGGAAUGCUGCCAGCUCGGGCUGGGCUUGUGUGACCAAAUAGAUGACCCUGACUUGAGGCGUUGCACGUACAGUCUGUUUGCAGCCUUAUCAGGGCUGAUGGGUGAGGGCCUGGCCCCCUACUUGCCACAGAUCACCACCCUCAUGUUGCUGUCCCUGCGUUCCACUGAGGGCAUUGUGCCUCAGUAUGAUGGAAGCAGCUCCUUCCUUCUGUUCGAUGACGAGAGUGACGAGGAGGAAGAGGAGGAGCUCAUGGAUGAAGAUGAAGAAGAGGAUGAUGACUCGGAGAUCUCGGGGUACAGUGUGGAGAAUGCUUUCUUUGAUGAGAAGGAGGAUGCCUGUGCUGCCCUGGGGGAGAUCUCGCUGAAUACCAGUGUGGCCUUCCUCCCGUACAUGGAGAGUGUCUUUGAGGAAGUGUUCCGGCUGCUGGAGUGCCCUCACCCAAAUGUCCGCAAAGCCGCCCAUGAGGCACUGGGCCAAUUCUGCUGCGCGCUGCACAAGGCCUGUCAGAGGUGCCCGUCGGAACCUAACACUGCUGCUCUGCAGGCCGCCCUGGCCCGGGUGAUGCCAUCCUACAUGCAGGCAGUGAGCAAGGAGCGGGAACGCCAGGUGGUGAUGGCCGUGCUGGAGGCCCUAACCGGGGUGCUGCGCAGCUGCGGGUCCCUCUCGCUGCAGCCCCCCGGGCGCCUGGCCGAGCUCUGCACCAUGCUUAAGGCCGUGCUGCAGAGGAAGACAGCCUGUCAGGACUCAGAGGAGGAAGAAGAGGAGGAGGAGGAUCAGGCUGAGUACGAUGCUAUGUUGCUGGAGCACGCCGGAGAAGCCAUCCCUGCCCUGGCAGCCGCCGCUGGCGGGGACACCUUUGCACCCUUCUUUGCCGGCUUCUUGCCCUUGCUGCUGUCCAAGACGAAACAGGAUUGCACGGUAGCCGAGAAGUCCUUCGCAGUCGGGACCCUGGCGGAGGCCAUCCAGGGCCUAGGCGCUGCAUCAGCCCAGUUUGUGUCCCGGCUGCUGCCUGUGCUUGUCAACAGCGUGCGGGAGGCAGACCCAGAGGUGCGGAGCAACGCCAUCUUUGGGCUGGGAGUGCUGGCAGAGCAUGGGGGUCGCCCUGCUCAGGAAUACUUCCCCAAGCUCCUGGGGCUGCUUUUACCCCUCCUGGCGCGGGAGCGACAGGAUCGUGUCCGUGACAACAUCUGUGGGGCACUUGCCCGCCUGCUGAUGGCCAGUCCCACGAGGAAACCAGAGCCUCAGGUGCUGGCCGCCCUGCUGCACGCUCUGCCAUUGAAAGAGGACUUGGAGGAGUGGGUUACCGUGGGACGCCUUUUCAGCUUCCUGUACCAGAGCAGCCCUGACCAGGUUGUGGAUGUGGCUCCCGAGCUGCUGCGUAUCUGCAGCCUCACUCUGGCAGAAAACAAGAUCCCACCAGACACCAAGGCCGCCAUGCUGCUGCUGCUAACAUUCCUGGCCAAGCAGCACGUGGACAGCUUCCACACAGCCCUGGGCUCGCUGCCAGCCGACAAGGCGCAGGAGCUGCAAGCCCUGCUGGGCUUCACCUAGAGCACAGCCAGGCCAGGCCAGCAAGAACAGAGCCUGCCCAGGCACCAGCCCCAGCCCGCUCAGCCCACUUCCAGCCUUCACCUUACCAAAGAGUUCGGGACUGCCUCUGGAGUCGGCAGUGUCUGCUGCCCCAUAGGGCAUCCCUGGAGCUGGCCUCAUCGCAGUGGAGGCAUGACACCAGACUUUAAUAAAGGUUGCUUGUUUUCUGCUGG